AUGGUUUCAGGUGGUGGUGCCGCGGUUUACGAUGUCGCACUCAAGCGGCGUGAGACCCUCAUGGGCAGCAGUGGACCUCUCGCAAUUGUCAAGAACUUCAAGGACUGCUUCUACCGAUAUUCAGGCCGCGAGUCUGAUAUUCGAGCAGCAAACAUUAUUAAUAGUAUCGAAGAUGAGGAUCUAGAUCCAGAGCAGCCUGAGAAGCUUAUCUUUUUCAAGCCGGCAUAUUUGCUUAAAACGUGCAUGAUAAAUUGA